AUGAAGCAGACGAUACAUCAAUGUUAUAAUGGAACAGCGUAAACGUGAUCCGUUUGGUAAAUUUUCGAGGUCUAAAUCUGCCGAUAAGAAAUCAAAUCGUUCAGAUUACUUCAAAUGGUUAAAUGAUGGCAGGAAAUUGGAAGAUUCUCCGCAAGUCGGCUUGCGUAAUGAUUAUGGCAAUUACGUAUACGAGUUUCUUGAUGUUGGGGCCGAGGCUGAAUUGGAAGAUGAUAACAAGUCUGAUGUGUCAAAAUCUUGGACAAUGGGGAGAAGAAUUGUUGAGUUGAAUGUCCUAGCAAAAGGAAUGUAUUGCUGCACUUGCAAGUGUCCGCUUCACCUGUCAAAUAUUGUAGGAGAACGAUUAUUUGGGCUAGGUGGUCUACUGAUGGUGGAUUGUGAACUGUGUCAUACUGUAACUGAUGUCCAGUUUGGGAAGAGGGGGCCAUCUGGAAGUUAUGACAUCAACACAAAAGCUUCCAUAGGAAUGAUACAUGCAGGGAUGGGCCCAACUCAUCUGCAGAACUUUCUAGCAGAAUGUAACCUGCCAUCCAUUACAGAGAGCACAUUAGGGAAAAAAGAGAAAGAAUUAAGUGGACAGAUUAAAAAUGUAACAAUCCAGUCGUGCAAUAUGGCACAAAGAGAGGAAAAGUCACUCAGCACAAAUGGCAAUAUUGAAGCAAGUUUUGAUGGUGGCUGGCAAAAGAGAGGCUCCGGUUGGAAUUAUAAUAGUAAUACAGGACAUGCAACUUUUAUUGGAAAGGAGACAGGAAAGGUGUUGUCCUUUGAAUUAAGAAGUAAGACUUGUAAGAUUUGUGAAUUCCAUCUUAAUAGAAAAGAGACUGUUCCGGAGCAUGAGUGUCAGUUGAAUUGGCAUGGCUCUAGUAAAUCCAUGGAGGCAGAUAUGGCGGUGUCUAUGGCCCACAGAUUAAAAGAUGAUGAAUGUGAAAUUAAUGUCAUACAUGCUGAUAAUGAUGCAGCAACAUCAGCCAGACUUGAAGUUGAGUUUGAAAAUAUAAAGAAAAAAGAUGACCAGAACCAUGUAAAGAAGGGUAUAUCAACAAGCUUAUAUAAUAUUUCAAAGAGUUACAAAGAAUUGCAAAAGGAUGAAACAAAACAAUAUAUUUUGAGGUGCUUUAUGUAUUCCAUUAAGGGAGGUGACAAUGAAGAUGACAUUAAGAUUGGGCUGCAAAGAAUUGUACCACAUAUUUUUGGAUCACAUGAAAAUUGUAAAGAUGCUGACUGGUGUAGCUAUCAUCAAGAUCCAGAAAAAUUUACGUAUAAAAGUUUACCAAAUGGGAAACCGCUCAAGUCUGAAGGAUUAAAGGUUGAAUUGAAUAAUUUAGUGCAAAAAAUGAUUGGUAGGAGUAAUUCUUUAAAUGAUCUUGGAUCUACACAGUCAAAUGAAAGCUUUAACCAGCUUGUAUCUGUAAAGGCACCUAAAUCAAGACAUUAUGGUGGAUCAUGCUCACUUCAGAAUAGGCUUUCUGCAGCUGUGCUUCAGAAAAAUGAAGGAUAUGGCUACUUAUCCAAGAUCAAUGAAGCAGCAAACCUCUCUCCAGGAGAAUUUACAAUGGCAAUUUCCUCUGUAAGAGAUAAAAAAAUGGAAAAAAGAAAAAAAAAAAAGAAUUCAAAGGAAUAUAAAGUUGGCCGUAUACAAAAGAAAAGAAACCGCAAUAAGAACGAGCGUAAACAUCUGGUAAGAGAAGGAAAAACCUAUGGAUCUCAAAUGGAAUUUGAUCUUCAACAGGACCCUGAGCAAACCACAGAAAUUCCACUUCCUUUUAAUCUAGAUGGCACUGAAUGCAAAGUGUUUUUUGAUUUAGAAACAACAGGCUUGGGUAGGAAUAGCGAUAUCAUUCAGAUAGCAGCUAAGUCAAAUUCAAAUACAUGUAGUUUUAACAGAUAUGUCAUCCCAAGAGUGGACAUUCAGAUCGAGGCCAGUAAGAUCACUGGUAUAACAUACAGCCAUGGAACAAAUAAAAUGUAUGUUCGAGGAGAUAUAGUUGAACCUGUGACACUACAUAAAGCCCUACUUGAUUUUAUACAUUUUUUAAAGGAACAGAACCAGUCAAUUAUACUAGGUCAUAACAUUUGUAACUUUGACAUUCCUGUUAUUGUUAACAAAUUGAAAGAAUGUAAUCUGUUUUCGACAUUUUGUGAAACCGUGAAAGGUUUUAUUGACACAAUGAAAGUGGCUAGAAAAUAUAUUCCAAAAAAUGAUGUAGAAAAUUUUAAGCAGCAGACUCUUGUCAAACAGUUUGUAGGAGAAAAUUACUCUGCCCACAAUGCAAUAGAGGAUGUGGAUUCAUUAAAAACAUUAUACAACAGUAAAUUUACCUCACUAGUGAAAUCUGAUGAUGUAUUUUCCAUUUUAUACCACAAUUGCAUGGACUCCUACUCUGACUUACUAAGUAAUAAAAUUGUUUCAAGGCCAGUUUGCAUGCAACUAGCAAAAGAUGGUAUAUCGUUGAAACACCUCAAACUGGCAUCUGUACGAGAUGUAAAUGGACUGAAAUUUGUCUUACAGGACCAUAAGAUACCACCAAAAAGUGUGAAAUGCAUUCAGGACUACUUUCAGACUGAGGAAUGAAUUUUGUAUGGCCAAAAAAUAAAUAUAUGUCUGUGUUUUCCUAUAACCUGACUGUGUCUACCCUGA